AUGCUUGUUUUACUUGUGAUAUCGAGUUUCUCAGCUUUGAUAGUGUCCACCACUAAAAGCUGUCUACAAUUGAAGUAUGAUGAUAUGCACAAAACCAUUUCGAGGGAAGAAUCAGAGGAAACCGGAAAGUUUACAACUGAGAAACUGAAGGAGAAUGUGGGAAAAUAUUGGAUGAUGGCAGAAACUGGUAGCCCUCAGUUUGUUAUGGCACGGUCCAUGGCCGGCUCCGCUUCAGGGGCAAUUUGUUUUUUAGCUGCAGGCGCUUUAGCACCAGCAAUCCUUAGGAAAUGCUUUGGCAUUUACCCGGAUACAUCAUCGAAAGAAAUGGGAUCAUCUUAUAAUUGGUCAACCUUUCCCAUUUUUAUAAUUCAGUCUUCUGGGGUGGCAGUAGGUACCAUUGCCCCAACAUUUAGGUGGUUCACUGCCAUAAGAUUAAGGUGCUCGGAGAAAGGAGUCAAGAGCUAUAAAACUGAGUUGAAAAUAGAAAAUUAUUGGAUUGAAAGGCUAGUAGGGUGGAAAAUUGUGAUUGUCUACUGUAGCAAAUUAAUUCUACUAAUUUCUAUUUUCUUCACAAGCUUGUUCUCCUCAUUUGGGCACUUCUAUAAGGUGUUAAAGCUAAGCCUCAUAUCUAAACAUAAUGCCUCAAACAAUCACACACGAUCAGAAUCGGGGCCUGGUACAGAGUUGGAAUUCAGCCGUUAUGUUUUGUAUCUUGAAGGCGAAGAGGAACUGCCCUUACAGAUCAUGAAGAAGAACAUGAAAAGUACUGAACAUUUUAUUCAGAAGGGUGAAAAACAGCGGCCAAAAUAUUUGAAAGAGCUUUUACAAAAAUCUGCUGCUUUCAUGGGGGUGGCAACGUUUGACAGUGACCAAGUUCCAUCUCUAGAUUCUGAAGAACCUCCUAAUUGUUGGUCUCUUCCGGUGGUUACCCUUACAAGUAUUGCCAUUGCACUUCCAAAUAUUGAAAAUCACAAGGUGAAGCAGUUGCUUCAAAGUGUGAGUGAAGGCCUCUUUUAUGUCAACCUUGUUGAAAAGUUCUUGAAUACCAAAAGUGAUAUGUUGAACAUCAUAAAUGCAGCAGACUGUGUGUGGUUAGGAGUUGAUCUUUCCCGCAAAUGGCUUGAUGAAGAUCUCCAAAAAAUGGCUCAUGAAGUAAAAAAUGCAAAGGAGAGUCUUGAGAGACUUAUUGACACAGCCAAAACUACUGUCAUUAAAUUCAAGGCAAACUUGAAUGGAAAUCAGGAGGAGAAUCCUCUGAGCUGGCACAUCAAGGCUAUUGCUGCUAAUUCAUUGUACAGAAUCGGCCAAACAAUGUUGCUGGACCUCGAGGGUUGCAAUAACCAGACAGAUGAAGGACUAUUCGAUCAAUUAUCUAUUAUGAUCGCGGAUAUAUUGGGUGCCUGCCUCACCAAUUUACCGUGCAUUAUAACUAUGAAAAGCUUUUGCAGUGCCAUAGAAGAGAGGGAGAAGAGUGUCCGGCAUGCUGCUCAACUUCUUGGUGAAACUGAAGAGAUUUUGAAAAUCCUUCAACAAUGUGAGCUUCCUUGUCUAAAUCCUGAUAAAGUGGCAUACAUUGAUGAGUGGCGUACACUAAUCAAGAAGGAGAAUCCCUUGGCCUCACUGUCUUCAUUCAAUGAUGGCAGAUCUUCUGGUUCUAGUGAGUUGCACGUAACUGUUGAGUAG